CGGCGGUGGGGAAAGCAGUGUUGUUGAAAGAGUGGGGUUCUCUCCCCGCGCGCUGCACCGACUUCCAGGUUCUUGCUUCAUCUCGGGAAUAGGUGGGGAAAGCGACCGAGCCGCGGCGAGAGGGCGGCGACCCGGGAGAGGGCGACUGGGGCGUUCGGGGAGCCUACCAGAAAGAAAAAAUGGAAGCCCUGCCUGAUGUCACUUCUUUUGCAACUAAACUUAAAAACACUCUCGUACAGUACCAUAGUACUGAAGAUGAUAAGUGGCGAGUUGCCAAGAAAACAAAAGAUGUAACAGUUUGGAGAAAACCCUCAGAAUUAUUUAAUGGCUAUCUCUACAAAGCUCAAGGUGUCAUCGAUGACAUUUUCAGUAGUACCAUAGACCAUAUACGCCCAGGGCCUUGUCGUUUGGAUUGGGACAGCUUAAUGACUUCAUUGGAUAUUUUGGAGCACUUUGAAGAGAAUUGCUGUGUAAUGCGUUACACUACUGCUGGUCAGCUUUGGAAUAUAAUUUCCCCAAGAGAGUUUGUUGAUUUCUCCUAUACUGUGGGCUAUCAAGAAGGGCUUUUAUCCUGUGGGAUAAGUCUUGACUGGAGUGAAAAGAGACCAGAAUUCGUUAGAGGAUAUAACCAUCCCUGUGGUUGGUUUUGUGUUCCACUCAAGGACAAUCCGAGCCAGAGUCUUUUGACCGGCUACAUUCAGACAGACCUGCGGGGGAUGAUCCCUCAGUCUGCGGUAGAUACAGCCAUGGCAAGCACUUUAACCAGCUUCUACGGCGACUUACGAAAAGCUUUACAAAAGACAUAAUAUCUUCAAACUUUUAGUAUUAUGACCCUCUGGAUCAACUCUCUCCUGUGCAGAGCCUGUAAAAAUCGUCGAUUCUACUUUCCUGCAUAGACUGUAGAAAAAUCUGAUAUGUUUUUGGUUUUGUAGCACAAUGUUUUAUUUUAUUCCUACAGUAAACAGCUAGCUAAGAGAGGGCGUUUCAGUUCUCUUAGAUUGUAAUUUGCACAUUGGUAUGGCAGAAAGGACUAUCACAGAAAUCCACAAAGAAGUAAGCACAGUUCUUUGACCCAAACGCUUAAGAAAUUAAAUAUUGUCUCAGAAUGAAUAUUUUGGCUGCAUGGAGAUUAGCAAAAUCACAAGCUUCAUGCUGUUAGAUUAAAAUCACUAUUUUAGAGGCUUAUGAACAUUUUAUAAAAUUUUAAUUUUUUCGAAAUUAAAUAUUAGCAUUUUACUUUGGUUAUCCUCUGUGAGUUAAGGAAAAGUGCUUUCAUCUAUAGUGUAUAGAGAGAAACUUCAUUGUCAAUUGACUUGCACUCCUGUAAGUUUUGAAAAGACAAGAAAUGAGAAAGGAAUAGAUUAUAGUUUUAUUAAGUUAAUUGAAAAAAUCAAUCAUAGUAACUACGGGUACAAUUCAAAUAAUUCAAAUAAUUUAGUUUUGAUAUCUAGGUAGUAUAUCUAGUGUAUUUUUUGUAUCUUUGAAAACAAAUUUGUAGAUUUAUUUUGAGAGUCUUAAAAACAUUUAUGCAUGAAUUUGAUAGUAAAAAAUUCUGCCAAAUAUGCACUGGUAAUACCCAUUUAUUGAGCAAUACUCUGGUUGUAUGAAAUGGCUGGUGGUAUCCUGUAAUCACCAACAGAGAGUCUUCUCUCUAAAAAGUCACACUGAAUGUUCUGUACAUACCAAUUCUGUAAGUGUCACUCAACCCACAAAGCAUUAUAAACUUCAUCAUGACUAUUUGCGUUUGUGAUGUGACUUCAGUCUGGAACUAGAACAAAUGCAUUCUGACAUUCAUCCAAAUGCCUAUUAGAUGUCAUUUUACAAUGACUAGAUGACUAGUGGGUCCCUUGAUUCUGCAGCUGCCCUAGUGAACAUUUGUAAGUGAUUUUAACAUUCCAAAUGAUUCUUUGACUUUUGAACUAGCAUCUAGUUUACUUCUAAAAUGAGAACUUGAGCAGCUCAGUGUGUCCGGGCACGUCUUUGCAUGUCUAUAAAUACACGUACACAUCUUAAAACCCGUCUCCAUGUUCUGUGUCGGUUCUUCACGUGUCACUGUUUUCCUUCUUGGUUAACGUGGGGUAAAGUGAGUCCUGGAAAUACUUACGUGCUAGGCAGGCCAUGAAACGCACACAAGUAUGUACUGAUCAGUGCGUGAAAGUUUAAUCUGUGUUUUAUCUACUUUAUUGUGUUUUCAUACUCAUUUUGACAGAGUGAGAGAGAGAAGUUGUUUUUGUUUUUAUGUUUUUGCUACUGGUGAUACGUUUCAAAAAAACAAGAGGUGGCAACACCACAAUGUCUAUAAUGAAUCAUUUCGUACUUCGUCUCAAAAAAUAAUUCGUUUCAAGAGCUGACAAAAGAAAUUGCCAAUAUCCUUUUCUAAAGUGACUGUAACUUUUGAAUUAUCGGAUUUCUCUUCUAAUUUUUUUCUUUUGCAGUAGGGAAAGAAAACUCAGCAGUUUACUUUCCGGUUCUCUAUGGAAAUUGUUAAAUGUUAGUUUUGACUUCAUUUAUUUUCCUUCAUUUGUUUUUAUUAGUGUAGAGUAGGAGGUCCCAUACUCCAUUCUGUGCAGAGAAGCGAAAUUCUAAGGGUGCUCAGUGUGAGUACAGGGCUCGUGACAAGACUACGUACAUUACGGUCAGGGCUGUGACUUCCCGCGCUGGGUGCCCACAGGCCACAUACACCGCCCACUCUUGCCGCUCCAGUGUUCUCUUUCUCCUGCUGACAUGCUCCUCCAGUAACUGACAAUAUAAUUCACUGCUGAAUGUGGACCCACCGCAGGUAAAAUGACCCUCAUGGAAAAAUUUUCAUUGCAAAAUUGAAUCAUAUGGUGAGUUUAAAAAUUACUGAAUCACCUGAAAUUUAUGUCCAGUUUCUCAUUGGCUCUUUAGAUCCACUGGGUUCUAGCUAUGAAUGUUUUUUUUUUUUU